GGGACGGGCAGGGCCGCGUCCCCCCGGCCCCACCACCGGUCAGCUCCGCUGUCCCCAGGAUCCGCCCCAUGGGCCCCCCCGGGCUCCUCCUGGGGCUCCUCCUGGCUCUGGGGGCCGGGGGGACGCCGGAGCCGCCGGGGCCGCUGCCCGAGGACGCGGCGCAGGAGCACGGGUAUUACCUGCAGCAGCUCUUCGGGCAGUACGGGGCCAACGGGACCCUGCCCUUCGAGGGGCUGGCGCGGCUGCUGGGCAGCCUCGGGCUGGGCCGCGUCCAGGUGGUCCAGAUCCAGCACGAGGAGCUGGGCCACGGCCACGUCAGUCACCUGGACCUGCUCGAGGUGCAGGAGGAGAAGCACCGGCACCGGCACCCGGUCUGGGAGCACGGCGGGGACGCGGCUCCCGGCAACCCGACCACCGACCGACCCCACAGGUACCCGAUCCAGCACGAGGAGCUGGGCCACGGCCACGUCAGUCACCUGGACCUGCUCGAGGUGCAGGAGGAGAAGCACCGGCACCGGCACCCGGUCUGGGAGCACGGCGGGGACGCGGCUCCCGGCAACCCGACCACCGACCGACCCCACAGGCCCCUGCCCUCCCAGACACAAAGCUGGGUGAAACCGGAGCCCGCUGAGCCCCCUGGUGCUGGGGUACCCCCCCGGCAGUACCAGCCCACCCUCAGCCUGCUGGGGAGGGUCCUGGGCUUGGAGCACUCCAGCGCAGACCACCCACACGAUGAUUGCCUCAACGUGACCCAGCUGCUGGUGAAUUUCGGGCUGGACUCGGUGUCGCAGCUGACGCCGGAGCAGUUCACGCUGCUGUGCCCGGCCCUGCUCUACCAGAUCGACAGCCGGGUCUGCAUCCAGCACAGCGAUGAGGUGACGCUGCCUCCCCCGGGGGGGGGCCCGUGGCCAGCUCUGGGCUGGGCUCUCCUGGCCGUGGCCUCCGUGAGCCUCCCGUCUGCCCUGGCCGUCCUCCUGGUCCCGCUGCUGAGCCGCGGCUUCUUCCGCUCCCUCCUGGCCUUCCUGGUGGCCCUGGCCAUGGGGACGCUCUGCGGGGACGCCCUGCUCCACCUCUGGCCCCAUGCCCAGGGGGGGCACCGGGAGACGCUGUCGGAGCCGGGGCCCGCAGUGCUGCAGGGGCUGGCAGGACACCCCCACGGAGAGACCCCCGGUGGGGCCACGGGGGUCCUGGCACCGCCACGAGGAGGUACGACCCCCACUCGUGCCCCACAGUGCCCACAGCCCCCGAUCCCAGCACCCACCCGUGUCCGUCCCACCGCAGGGGCCGAGCUGAGGCACCUCACGGCACCGGGCACAGACCCAGAGCUGGAGCUGAGGCCCCACAGACCCCCCCAUGAAUCCCCCCACGGACACUCCCACGGCCCCGCGCUGCCCCUCAGCCCCAGGGCCACCGACAUCGUGUGGAUGGUGGUGCUGGGGGACGGGAUCCACAACCUGACGGACGGGCUGGCCAUCGGUGCCGCCUUCUCCCACAGCCUCUCCAGCGGGCUCAGCACGGCGCUGGCCGUGCUCUGCCAUGAGCUGCCCCACGAGCUGGGUGACCUGGCUGUGCUGCUGCGGGCGGGCACGGCCCCCCGCUCCAUCCUGCUGCUCAACCUGCUCUCGGCCCUGCUCUCCUGCCUGGGGGUGCUCGUGGGGGUGGCCCUGGGGCACAGCGGGACCCCCCUCACCCCCUGGGUCCUCACCACCACCGCCGGCAUCUUCCUCUACGUGGCCCUGGCUGACAUGCACGGGGAGAGGGACGAGGCCCCGGCGCCGCUGGAGGCCGGGACGCAGAGGAGUCGGCUGUACCUGACAGGUGAUGAGGUUUGUCCUGUCGCCACCAAAGGAACAUUUAUGUGCAUAAAAUACAGAGGUGCAGCAUUGACACGGAGGAUAUUAAAGACACAGAGUUGCUACAGAUGCCUUAAGAGACGCGUCCCCCAUCCCCGACCGCCCCGCAGGGGCUCCGGCUCCGUCCCCUCCAGCCUCGCGCCGCGAUUCCAAGGAUUCCAGGGCAGCUCCAGAGCCACCGCUCCCCUGGGGGAGCUCCCACCUCCUGUGCACGUUACCAGUUACCAGAGCUCCCGAUGAUGCUUCGGUUGAGUCUCAGCUUU